AUGGGCAAUUUUGGAUCAGCCAAGUUGCAUCAACCACCUCCACAUUCUGCCCCUCUCAUAGGAAUGUCAUAUGAUACCGCCAACAUUCCUCCUCAAACUUCGGCUUCAAAAAAGAUAAUCCAUGAUUUAUUUCCGACAGAUUAUCCAUUAGUUUAUUCAACGAGUCAUGAUAAUGAAAAAUUAAAAGUUCCCGAUAAAGAAAAAGUGUAUAAUUUCAAGAAUUUGAGCAUUUUGGAAGAAUAUUUACCUGAUGAAAUUAUGAUUAAUAUUUUAAAAUUUUUACCAAUGAAAUGUGUGCUGCAACUUGGAAGAGUUUCAAAAAACUUUUAUAAUUAUUGGAUCGAGUUUCCACAAUUGUGGAACAAUAAUUCGGAUCUGUGUACCAUGUUGUACUUACCACAGCGAUAUGAAAACAAUCAUCGAAAGAAUUUUCUGUUUUUUCUCAAUGAAUUUAAACCGAAAAUUGUGAAUGUAUUUCAAAAUUUGUCAGAGAAAAGUAAGAAAGGGCCUCCAAUUGUUGUCAAGUGUAUGCUUAUUGGGCCAUCAAGGUGCGGAAAAAGUGCUCUUGUUGACAGGGCUUGCCAAAACAUUCCGUUCCGAGAUACCUAUACCAAAACCAUUGGUACUGAGCUUCGCAUGAAACAUCUAUCUAAUGCCAAAGAGGACGAACAAUAUACUAUACAAUUGUGGGAUAUGGGAGAAGCAAGUUUUAAAAAUAUCAUUACCUACCAUUUCAGAGAACCUAAAGGUUAUUUCUAUUGCUUUGAUCUCAAUGACCAUUCAUCGUUCAACAAUAUCAUGACAAUGUAUGAGGAUUGGAAAACACAAAAUAGAGUUGAAAAUCUGUGUGAAUAUUUGGAAUCAGAGGAUUCAUGUUUAAUACUACUGGGACUGAAAUCUGAUCUUUCACACAAUGUCACAAGAGAAGAAAUUGUUAUCUUCUUGGAAACGAUUACAUGUAGCACUGAGAAAACUUUGCACACUUGUCGAGUCCAGUAUUUUGAAUUGAGUAGCAAGACCUGCUCUGUUCAAGAUUUACUAUUUCCUUUUGUGUAUGCAUGUACCAUUUUGCCAUUAAGCAAACCAUUGGGAAAUAAAGAAACGUUAAUACCCGUUGCCAAAUAG